AUGGAUGUUAGGAAAUGUUUGGAAUGUGUUGUGAUGAAAAGCAAUGAUCGCAACAAUGCUCAGUUACAGAACCUGUCUCUAGAAGCUUUAAAGUGUACUUGUAUGUGAUAUUGAUAUUACACAUAGAAAUAAUAAAUAAUCUUUCAGCAUAUUUAUGUUGACUUUAAAGCUUUGCACUGAGUAUAACAUCAGUUCCAAAAUGUACCUGACAUCUAUUGCACAUUGUUAUCAUGUUCUUUUAGUCACUUCUUACUGA